CUAAACAAAAAUAAUAAUUGGAGAAGCAGUCCUGUAAGCGUCCAGGCUAAUUGUAUAUUAGACAUUCCGUCUGAUUUCAUAUUGUGGAAGAAAACAAAAUGUUUAAUAGAAUGGCAAGUUUGUGGAUGGGUGAUCUGGAUCCAUACAUGGAUGAAGAUUUUAUAAAGCAAGCUUUUAGUACGAUGGGAGAGACAGCAUAUGGCGUUAAAAUUAUUUGCCACCGAGUGACGGGUGGAUCUGCAGGGUAUUGCUUCGUGGAAUUAGCAGACGAAGCUGGCGUUAAUCGAUGCGUACUUAGGCUCAACGGAAAGCUGGUUCCAGGAUCAAACCCACCAAGAAAGUUUAAGUUAAAUUAUGCUACCUAUGGGAAAAGGCCAGAUACAGGCCCUGAGUAUUCAGUUUUUGUUGGAGACCUCACCCCUGAAAUUGAUGACUUCCAGCUCUAUGAAUUUUUUGUGAAGAAAUAUGCUUCUUGCAAAGGUGGCAAAGUGGUUACAGACCCUUUUGGAAAUUCCAGGGGCUAUGGAUUUGUCAAGUUCAGUGAUGAGAAUGAGCAGAAGGCAGCGAUGGAAGAGUGUCAAAAUGCAAAUGGGCUUGGUGGAAAACCAAUCAGAAUUAGUAUAGCAAUUGCUAAAAGUAAUAAAACCAAUUAUCAACAAAAUCAAAAUCACAACUACUCUGAGUAUUACCAGCAGUAUCAGAACUACUAUUCACAGUGGGGAUAUGACCCUUACAACAGCUAUAACUAUGGAUAUGGACCCUAUGGAGCUGCAACGACAGCUCCAGGGAUGGCUCCUCCUACUACAACCACUUCAGCUUCAACAGAGUCCCAGGCUACAUCACAGUUCCAGCAGUCAUUGGGGGCUACAGAAGAUACUGAUGAAGAGCUAGUUGAAGAUCCAGACCCUCAACCUGAUAUUGACACAAUGAACAGACAAUUUAUGGAAAAAAGCGAAGAGCUGUAUGACUCCCUCAUGAACUGUCAUUGGCAGCCAUUGGACAGUGUUACAUCUGAAAUUCCCACUGUGGCAAACUUUUAAGGGUACAGAUAAGAUGAUCAGCUAAAGGGGACAGAUUUACAAAAACCUUUUUCCCAACAAAGUAAAAAUGAGCUGUCAAAGAUUAUGCCUGUAUUGACUUCUCACAAGUUAAUUUUUAUUGUUGAUCUUUUUGUUUUCCAGGCUUUUUUCUUUGCCAGCUUUUUCCCUUAAGUACUGUAAGGUCACUUUUUGUGUUGUAGUUAUAAAAAAACAAAAUAAAAAAACACCUAAGGGUGGGGUGGGGGGCUGGACGGACUCGACUGUACUUCUAGUGUGAAAAGUAGGGUUCACUAGAACCAAAGUACAAUCUGUAAAAACAAAAAGAUCAGCCAAAAAGUAUAACCUGAGGUGAUGUCUUUGUCAUUAUCUCUCUCAAACUGAAACCAUUAAAGAGCAACUUGUAGAAUAUUAGUGAAAUUAUAACAUUUUUCCUUCUUGUUUAGAUUCACUUUCUAUAAUUUACUGUUUAAAAUGUCAGUAUGAUGGGAUGAAAAAGAAAAUGAUACAAAGUGAAAUUUAAAGAGUUAGUAGCAGGGUUCUGACAAAACAGAGCGCUAUAAUCCCACAUAUUGCUAGUUUAAAUAAUGUACCUGUAAUUUUUCUUUUCAUUGUUAACAUCCUGACAACUUUUUACACUUGU